CGGGAAAAUUUUUAAAAUUAGAAUCUCCACAUGACCUUCACCUUCACAGGAUCGAGCUCGAGUCACCUUUACGGUUUUUCGGCAUGUUCUCUUUAAUAUUCAGACGUGUUUCUUCAAAACCUGUGCUUGGAUCGACUGUCUCUGCAUUCAAUGGCUCCACAUUCUCUACAGUGCCUGAGGCCACGCUAGACAUACAGCCCUGUGCCCUCCACAAAUUAGAAAAUGGCCCUCCAAAUCAGGCUACUGUCACCAGAGAAGAUGCCAUAAAGUUUUACAAGGACAUGGUGACUGUGCGUCGGAUGGAGACGAUGGCUGGCAAUCUCUAUAAAGCCAAACAGAUCCGGGGCUUCUGCCACCUCUACUCAGGACAGGAAGCCGUAUGUGUAGGUAUGGAGGCGGGUAUUACUGGAGAUGAUGCUGUGAUCACAGCCUACAGAGCCCAUGGCUGGUCCUACAUGAGGGGCGUGUCAUUACUGGGAGUACUGGCAGAAUUAACAGGUCGUGAAUCUGGCUGUGCUCGUGGUAAAGGUGGCUCUAUGCACAUGUACACGAAGAAUUUCUAUGGUGGCAAUGGUAUUGUUGGAGCUCAGGUCCCACUGGGAGCAGGUAUUGCCUUUGCUCUGAAAUAUAAUAACCAGCCAAACAUUUGUGUGACACUGUAUGGGGAUGGAGCAGCCAACCAAGGUCAGCUGUUUGAGGCCUUCAACAUGGCCAAGCUGUGGAACCUGCCGUGUGUGUUUGUCUGUGAGAACAACGGUUACGGUAUGGGAACCAGUGUGGAGAGAGCUUCGGCCUGCACAGACUACUACACUAGGGGCGACUAUGUUCCAGGAAUGAGAGUUGAUGGUAUGGAUGUUUUGGCAGUUAAGGAAGCCACAAAGUUCGCCAAAGAAUAUGCACUGAACAAUGGACCUAUCCUGAUAGAGACAGCUACCUAUCGUUACCAUGGACACAGUAUGAGUGACCCAGGAACUAGUUAUCGAGCUCGUGAGGAGAUUAAAGAAAUGCGUGAGACUAGGGACCCAAUAACAGUUUUCAAACGUAGAAUUACAGAAAACAACCUAGUGACUCCUGAAGAAUUGAAGAAAGUUGAUCAGGAUGUGAAGAAGGAAAUUGAAAAGGCAGCAGAGAAGGCAAAGAGUGAUCCAGAAAUUGCUCUUGAUGAGCUGUACAACAAUGUGUACAUCAGUCCCGACUCGACCUUCACUGUAAGAGGUUGUGACCCAGGCGUGAGGGUCGCGUCGAGAUAACUCAACAGUGUCAUGUCUGCAUAUCUGUUUUAAGGAGCAGGGAUUUUUUUUGUACAUUUAUUUGUGGAAAAACUGGGGACAAUAUUUUGGGGGAGAAUAAUACUCUGUUUGAUGUGACGUCUAAGAAUUUAACUUUAUAUCUCCUAGUAUUAAUGUGACCUAGUUAUUUAUUUGGAUUAUAAAUGUGUACUUGCAACUUAUGUUGACCAUAUUGGAAAAUGAACAGUACCUUAUUUUCUCAUUUGUUAAUGUAUUGUUGUUUAUGAUGUGAGUAAAAUCUCGUAUUUUUAUGUAUUUUGUUUGCAUUCAGUAAUCUGUUUAUCUUGAGCUGUGAUUUUUAUGCAACAUAUGUUUUUCAUGUACAUAGUUCCACUCCUUUUUCUGUCAUUGUCCAUGUACAGACUGUAUACAUAGAAAUGGAUAUAUUAAAAAAUGAACAUCAUUCA